CACUCUGCCCUGUUCAUUCUCAGGCCGGGUAGGACCCCAGCAACAACAUUGCAAUCGGUUAAACCUAAAGAAGAUUCGGCUGUACAAUCGCAAGCCAUCCUUUGAGUAGACAACAUUUUGUGGAAAUUUCUCACCGUCACUGAUCAGAAGACACUCCAAGUUGUUGAAUCGAAUCAGAAGGCACUGGGAAGAGGCGCAAAGAAAAAUUUCCAUACUAGAUGACAUUACAUCGCAAUGUCCGAUCGUUUGGGGCAAAUAACCAAGUCCAAGGAUGGAAAAAGCAAGUAUUCCUCACUCAGCCUAUUUGAUAAGUACAAGGGAAAAUCAAUAGAAACUCAGAAAAACACAGUAGUUCCGCGACAUGGCUUGCAGAGUCUUGGUAAAGUGGCCACAGCCCGGCGUAUGCCCCCACCAGCUCAUCUGCCGAGCUUGAAGUCUGAAAACAAAGGAAACGAUCCCAACGUGAUUAUAGUGCCCAAAGACGGUACAGGAUGGGCGAACAAGCAGGAACAACCCGAUCAAAAGAAUUCUGUUGCAUCAACACCACAGCUGCCGGAGUUGCAGCCGCCGCUGGCUUUGCAGAAAUCUGUCUCCAAUCUUCAGAAGUCCUCACCGGUAGCCAACCAGGAGAACACAAACACAAGUGGACCAAAGCAAUGGGCCCAGCUAAAUGGAAAGGCAGUAGAGCAAGAUGGUUCAAGGGCCUCAAACCGACUUCAGCCCUUCUCUCACGAGGAAUUUCCCACGCUGAAGGCAGCUGGAGAACAGGACAGGGCUGGCAAGGAAAGAAGCGGCUUCGAUCCGUCGUAUGGGCCCGGACCAAGCCUCCGCCCCCAGAAUGUGACAAGCUGGAGGGAAGGUGGUGGCAGGAACCUUCAGCCCUCAUCCCUGACCCUCAGCCUGCCAGCAGAUCCUGAGGGUAAGGCCACUGCCCUGGCUGAGACUGGCACCCCUCCAGCCUCGUCUCACCCCUCCUCCGCCACAGUCACCACCUCAUCUAGUACGGUGACGGCUCCGUCACCAGGCCCUGACCCCAAGGAGCCUUCCCUGCGACCUGCUCAGCCUGUCCGCAGAACAGCCGUCCCUACUGCAUUGCAGUACCAGCUUCAUCACACUUCAACUGCUGUCUACCAUGACAUGUUGCCUGCCUUUAUGUGCUCUAAAGAGACACGUGAAGCUACGGGUACAGACCAUGUUCCCACCACCGUAGCAGCCCCCGCCCGUUUUGACAGCAAACCUACUUUUAGGCAGAGCUAUGCCAAACCUGAGCUUGUAAAUGGCGACGUAAGGAGAGAGAAUCGCUUUGUCCGUGCUGCGCCUCGACUUUCUUCGCAGCCUAUCCGUAGACCUACUGACAGACCAGUUCGCCCAGCCAUUAUUAAUCCAGAGGAUUUGAAGGAUCUGGAUGAGCUUGACAAUGACUGUGAAGAUGGAUGGGCUGGACUUCAUGAGGAGGUUGAUUAUAGUGAGAAGCUCAAAUUUAGUGAUGAUGAAGAAGAACACUCUUCCAGUGACAAAAACAAGAUCUGGGCUGACUGGGAGAGGGAGAGAGAUAACCAGCGGGACUGCCAUUCCUCCCUUAGCUCGGGGGAGGCAUCUUACCCACAAGAGGGUCCAGAAGAGAGUUACUCUUUCCAGCAUCACCACCACGAGCCUCCCAGGAAGACCAACGGCAAAUAUCUCUCCACAGACACCCAGGUCCAACAGAGAAACCAAGGAGACCCACUUGCUGACCAGGAUGAUCACCAGCGGCAGUCUCAGGCACCAGCUAGGGCCAAGUAUGUGUCGCCUGAGCUGUCUGAGGCUGUUGAGAGAGCCCGAAGACGGCGGGAGGAGGAAGAGAGGCGUGCUCGUGAGGAACGUCUGGCAGCAUGUGCUGAAAAGCUCAAAAAACUGGAUGAAAAAUUUGGGAAGACUGAAAGGCAGACAUCAAGGACGGAUGACAGCCAGAAGGAGGUAGAGGGAAAAGAAGUUCCACUGUCCCCAAGUCGGGAACAGAGUCGAGGCCACCAUGAUAACUGGCACUACAGCACAAAAGAUGGAAGUGAGUGUCCCUCGGACAAUUCCCCUGGCCAUAGUUACCGUGAAGAGUCUGGCUUCUCUACCUACCGUGGCAGUGAAGACGAUGGCCCAGAGCCCUCCUCACCAUCAGGAGACUACAGUGGGCGUCAGCCAAUCAAACCAGUGCCACCCCGCUUUCAAAAGCAGCCACAACACCACCAGCAGCAGGAACAAAUGUUCAAGAUGCAGCAUUGGCAGCAGUCAGGUCACCCUAAUCCAUCAGGGUCAAGCCACACUCAGCGGGGCUACUACCCUCCACAUGUCCUCGGUUUUGAUCCGCGCUGGAUGAUGAUGCCACCUUUCAUGGAUCCCCGCAUGACCCAGGGACGGUCUCCUGUUGACUACUACCCUGCAGGAAUGGUAAAACCUAUGAUGCACCAAGAUCACUUGAACAGUCCCGGUUCUGAUGAGGGAUGCCAUCCAAACUUGCCUCAGGAGAGACGAGCGCCUUCCACUGAGCCUUACCCAGUGUGGAAUCAAGAUGGCUAUCCGUUGCGUAGCUUUACUCCCCCUUACCAGAGACAGCGUGAAAGCUCGGAAAGCGGACAUCCCGAUGACAGAGGUGAUAUGGCCUCUUCCCAACAGGACUCCUAUGAAGAGAGGGCCAGUGAUUGUUUGUCCCACACUCAAGAUGAUCUUCCCCAUCACAGUUAUCAGAGCAGAGGUUCAGACAGAGAACAACAUGACCAAGGCUUGCUCACCACCGCUCAGAACCUCUCUCAGAAUUAUUCAGAUAGUGAAUACCCAAAGCAAGAGUCGAGAGACAAGCAUCUGAAAGAUGGCCUUGAAUCCCACGACGAGGCCUUAGAUGGCUCCACAGACAACUGGAAAAGAGAUGGUAGCCAGAAACAAGACGGAGGGGUUAACAGUGCCCAAAACCAGUGGUCUGAAGCUAGUUCCAGUUCAAGUAGUGUCAACCAGCCAUCUGAGGCUAGUGGACGCACCUUGAUACGCAGAACUGGUCCCAUCAAGAAACCAGUUCUUAAGGCUCUCAAAGUGGAAGACAAGGAGAAUGAAAAGCCUAAACCUGAGCCUGAGGAGAAGCCUGUCCCCUACCGCCUGGAGAAAGAAGUCCUUACUAACGUUUAUGACUUGAAGAAAGACAACCAGCCUGCCAACAAUAGGCGUUCUGCAUCACCUGUGGUUGAAAAACAACCUGAAGAGAGGCAGCGCCAGUCUCCAGCUCCCAGUAAAAUGGACAGACCUCUGAGCACCCACAGCGAUGACUCUCCCAAGGAGAACACUUGGAGCAGUGCUAAGAGCCAGUCACUUAGAGAUAGUCAGGAGAACCGAGAACCCCAGGCACCACGGCGCAAUAACUGGAUCUUUAUUGAUGAAGAACAGGCCUUUGGUGCAGUGAGGGGGACGGGUAGAGGCCGCAGUCGAGGCUUCCGGGAAUUUAACUCCAGAGGUGGAACCCGUGGUGGCCGCGGUGGAGAUAAUCUCAGAGGUGUUUAUAACAACAAUAACAACAGCAGUGGCAGCAGCACUCAGCGAGCAGGCAGAGGUCGAGCACCACCCAGGGAUCUAAUCAAGGUCGAGGAGUUUCAGAGGGGCAAACCCCGUAGGCGAAAUGUCAGUGAAACAUUGAGUGAAGCCUCAGAGUAUGAGGAACUUCCCAAGAGGCGUCGCCAGAAAGGAUCUGAAAAUGGAGAAGGCUAUACAGAGUCUGGGGAUGUCCGUAAAGCUGAUAGAGACUCUUGGAGAUCCAACAAGGUGUACACAGAUGAUCAGACUGCCCCAGAUUCCAGAGAAAAGACCAAGGUCACCAGAGGCUUUGGAAAUCGGGUGCUGCCUCCACGACUGAACACCACUGGUAGUUACAGUCGAAGCUUUGGAGGAUCUAGAGAUAUUUCUACAUGGAGGGGCCGUGGGCCUCCAUUUAGUGGCAGCAGUAGUGGCUCGAUGCAAGAAAAUGGUUAUGGUCCUGGAGCAGAGACUGCUUACUCCCGCAGACCCCCAGUUGAGCGUGACGCUCUCAAGUACACUCCUAAAUUUACUGGCUCCUUCAUGGAAAAUGGAACAGAGGAGCGUGAAGGAGAAUACUACUUUGACAGUGAGGCCCCUGACAGACAGAUUUUAAGGAGAAGGCGUCCUCCACGUCAAGACAAGCCUCCGCGCUUCCGUCGUCUACGACAAGAGCGUGAACCUGGCUCAAAUCAGUGGACAAGUGAUGAGUACAUAAACGGAGACUUUGCAAAUCCCUGGCCAGGUCAUUCUAAAAGCACUGGUGAUGAUAACUGGCCCAGUGGCCACUACUCUGGACGUUCUAGCCAGCAUGGCCAGACAGAGGAAUGGGAGACGGGUUCAGACAACAGCGACUUUGGUGACUGGAGAGAGAAACGGAGUGGAAGUGGAGGCAUUGCUACACAGGGCCAUGGCGAUAUUCCCUCAGACUCUGGCCAGGAGCCAGGCUCCAGUGAGAAGAGGGAGCUUUCUAAGAGAAGCUUCUCUAGUCAGAGACCAUUGGUGGAACGGCAGAACAGGAAAGGAGAACCAUCACUGCUGGACGCAAGCAAGAUGGUGCGUGCACCUGAUAAUCCCCCCACCUCCUCAUCGAACAGGAGUGACAGCUGGCAGAACGGAGGCACUUCUUGUAAAAGCAGGAGUCCAGAUGAGUCAGGCUCUGUAUACAGCAUAGAGCAGCUGCCAGAAGAGAGGGAGCCCAUUGAGCCCGCUGGGAAGAAAUUAGACAAGGAGCUGAAGCCAGGACCUGUCAAAACAGACAUCACUGAACCACUGUCCCCAUAUGAGCUCAGCAGCUACCCAAUUGAAGGAGACGCAGGGGGACCAGGUUCAAAUGCAGAUGGUUACCAGGAUGCCUUGUCCAAAAAGCAAAGACGCCCACAGGAAGAUGACAGGAGGAGGAAAGAACAAGGGGCAUCUGUACCAGUGAAAAACAGGACAGUCACUUCCAAGAUGCCACCACGCUUUGCCAAAAAGCAGGGAAGCAUGAGCAUUGAACAACCCGAGGAAGGAAUUUCUUCUAACAAUCUGGGAACUGAAAUCUGGGAGACCAACAGCUCAGCUCUUUCAGUGCAGUCUUCAGGGGGAGACUCAUGGACCAAACAGGUGUCUUACACUGGGAGUGAGCCCAACUCUGAGGACUCCGAUGCGGGCCCAGAACAAAACAAAGAGCAGCACAAACCAGGGCCCAUCGGAAAUGAACGCUCCCUGAAACACCGGAAGGGCUCAGAAGGUGUCGAUAGGCUGGAAGGUGGCCCUAUCACACCAGUCAAUGGUGUGGACCUCCAUGUGGACACUGUGCUGCCUGUCCCACCCAUUGAGUUUGGUGUCAGUGCCAAAGAUUCAGAUUUCAGCCUGCCGCCGGGUUCUACCCCAGUACCCGUGUCCAAUCCUGUGAACAAGCUUCAGGACACGGCUUUGAAUCAGAGUAUCCCCAUUCUGCGCUCCAACCACCUGCAGCCUGGCAUCAACCUCAAUCCCAUCUCCUUUCCCAGUGCUGAUCUCACCCUCAAGAUGGAGUCAGCACGCAAGGCGUGGGAGAACUCCCAGUCUCUUCCUGAGCAGGGCUCUCCUGGUGGCAGCGCUUCAGGUGCUCAGCCUCCCUGCAGUGCCGGCUCAUCCACUGGUGUCAGUUACAGCUCGUUUGGAGGCGUUUCCAUGCCACCAAUGCCCGUUGCAUCGGUAGCACCUUCCAUGUCCAUGCAAGGUAAUCAUAUUCCCCCGCUGUAUCUGGAUGGUCACGUCUUUCCAAGCCAGCCACGCCUUGUACCACCCACCAUGACCCAGCAGCAGACUUACCAACAGGCGGCUGCAGCCCAGCAGAUUCCCAUUUCUUUACACACGUCUCUUCAGGCUCAGGCUCAGUUGGGGCUUCGGGGAGGUCUGCCUGUUUCUCAGUCCCAAGAGAUGUUCAGCUCCAUCCCCCCCUUCAGGUCCCAGGUUUACAUGCACCCCAACUUGUCACAGCCCAGCCCCAUGGUACUGUCAGGUGGAGCCCCUCUCAAGGGCCCAUACUCAGCUUUCCCUGGCAUGCAGCCAUCAGACAUGGUUAAACCCCAGUCAGGCUCACACUACCAGCCUAUGAAUGGCAGCCAGCAGCUAGUCUAUGAUAGUCAGAUGAACCAAGGGCCUGGCAUGGGCUCUUCACAGUUAAUAGACUCUCAGCUCAUUCAGGUCACUAUGCCCCUGCCUGGCUCUCAGCUGCGUUAUGGUUCAGCUCAACAACACCUCAUCCUCCCACAGUCCAUCCAGCUGCAGCAGGGACAGAACUUGUCAGUGGGAGCCCCACGCCGAAUGCUACCACCAGGGUCGCAGGCAGCUGUCAUGACUGGCAGCAGAGAGGGCUCACAGAUGGAAAUGAAAGGUUUUCAGUUCUCUGAGAAGCCCAAUCAUUCCCCAGGCAUAUCUGGAGGUUCUUACAGACCUGGCUCUGCUAGCCCCGGCGGGAAGCCCUCUGGUCCUGGAGGACCUAUAGGCCCUCUGCCUACACAUUUUGCUCAGCAGGUCCCUCCUGCUCAGGGCAGCAUGGUGAUGCACAUGCGGCCCCCCACCACAGGCCCCUUCCCCAACCCUAUUCAGAGACCUGUUAUGCAGGUCAAUAAGCCCGUCAUCAUCCGUUCCCCCCCUUACCCCAAUCCUGGCCGUGACCCUCCCCACUCCACCCCUCCUUCAGCUUCCGAGCCCCCAGUUAAAGGGCCAGAGGAUGGCAUGAAGAAUAAAACAAUAAGAGAUGUACGCAAGGCGGUGGGAGAGGGCAAAACACCGUCCGGGGGCAUGACCAGCAAACUCCAGGAGCCCCUACCUUCCACAGGCCAAGCCAAACCAGCACGCACUGGAGCCAUCAAACCCCAGGCUGUCAAAGUAGAAGAGGGCAAGGCGUAAUAAUGGACCUUAAAAUCCUCAUCACCACCAAGCCUGCCAACACAAAGCUCAUUGACCACUGUCAGCCUUUUUAAAACCCACCUUACCCCCAAGGCGCCAAGGCCCGGGGCCUGCAGGCAGACAACAUAAUGAAAUGCCCCCUCUUGAACUUUCAGAACUGGACACUGUUAUUUCACAUCACGUAUAGAGAUAUAUAAAUAUAUAUAAAUAUAUGCAUAAACACAGUCUUUUAAACAGAUCUCUUCAAGGUCCUCUUUAAUUUAUUAUUAGUCACUUUUAAGGGGAUAUUGGUAAGGAGAAAAGACAUUUUGUUUUUGUGUGUGCGUUUUCUCUGAAGUGGGGGAAGAGGAAAAUGGCCAGCUCACAUGGUUCAUUUUCCAUACUGUUUUGCCAAACUGUAAUUACUCCCUGUUUAUGGACUGCAUCCCUUAAAGACCCGACAGAAACUUCAUACAACUGAGAAACAAAGUCUGUUAACUUUUUUUUUUUUUUUUUUUUUUAAAGCAAAUUCGAAAUGCAGUGGGGCACUUUUUGUUUUUCUUUGGUAUUUUUUCUGGUAAAUAAAGUCACGACCCAGACAUCCAUA